AUGCCGAAAGACAGGAAGAUCGGGAUCGCGAUGGAUUUCUCGGAGAGCAGCAAGAACGCACUGAAGUGGGCGAUCGAUAACUUAGCCGACAAAGGAGACACACUUUACAUCAUCCACACACUACCAACCUCUGAAGCUGAAUCUCGUAACUCCCUCUGGCUCCAGUCCGGUUCUCCUCUCAUACCGUUGGUGGAGUUUAGGGAACCGGAGAUUAUGGUGAAAUACGGUGUCAAAAUCGACAUCCCAGUUCUUGACUUGCUCGACACUGGUUCGAGGCAGAAAGAGGUGCAUGUAGUGACGAAAUUGUACUGGGGAGAUGCAAGAGAGAAGCUGGUUGAUGCUGUUAAAGAUCUCAAACUUGACUCUAUUGUCAUGGGAAGCAGAGGACUCAGUGCCCUUCAAAGGAUAAUAAUGGGAAGCGUGAGCAGCUUCGUGAUACAACAUGCGCCUUGCCCUGUCACCGUUGUCAAGGAUUAA